AUGUGUUUGUUGUAUGGGCUUCCAGCAAGUGGUAAAUCUUCUGUUUCAAAAUUAUUGGAACAAAAGUUGAGAAAUUUGAAUUUCCGAGUUGAAGUGUUUGAAUAUGAUCAAGUUUUGAUGAAUUAUCAAGUACAGAAAAAUGUUUUGGAUUUUUCAUCCGAAUUAUGGAAAGAAUCAAGGCUAAUCAUUGAAAAACAAACGAUUGAACUGGUUGAAAAUUAUUUAGAGUCAAGUCAAGAGGCCGAAAAAGCACUGGUCAUCAUUUUGGACGAUAAUUUUUAUUACAAAAGCAUGAGACAUGACUUUGUGCAGAUUUGUAGGAAUUUUUCGCUUUCACAUGUUCAAAUUUUGUUAAAGUGCCCAGUGGAUGUAUGUGUUGAGAGAGAUAAGCUCAGAACCAUAUCAGUUGGAGAAGCUGUUAUUAGAGAAAUGAGCCAAAAGUUCGAAUGCAUCUCAGAAAAGGCAUCCGAUGAUUCUAUUUUCCAUUUAGAAUAUGACUCUUCUGACGUGAGCCAAUUUAAUAAUAUUUGUAAUAGCAUCAUUCAAGUCAUACAUCUCUCACUUAAUCAUCCUCUCCAAAAUUUAGCUCAGCUUAAAAGUGAAAUGAAGGAAGAAAGCCAAAGACAAAACAGAGAAUCGUUCGGGAAAUGUUUGGAUGAUGGAAUUCGUAAAAAGAUAUCUUAUCUAAUUGAACACAAUUUAAUUGAGAAGUCCAAAGCCAAGCAGCUUUCCAUCAUCAAGAGAGAAAUUUUAAAGAAUGCAAAGAAAGAGAAUGGUAUUCAGUAUUAUUUUGACAUGUUUGAUCAUGAAGUUAACAAGCUAAAGUAG